GUUCGUUCGAGUUUAUCGCAUGUGCUAAGCUGCCACGUGGUCCUUGAGGCGUCAUCUCUGCAAACUCGGGAUUGCUGCUGCAGCGUAGAGCAGAUCUGGACAGCCCAGCAGCUCUGGUGCAAGAUGGCGAGGGUGUGCUGGAGAUAGCCACCGCCUGACGACGUCCCUGCCAUCGCAAGAGCGGCUCAUUAUAUACCAUCCGGAGCCCUCGACUGCGUUCGUUACUGACGACUGGCUGAGUUAGUGUACUGAGUCAGCAAUGGUGGUGCCAUCUCUGAUCGAGACUGGCACCAAGAAGCUGGACAUCGCCCGCAAGAAGGGCCACAGACUGUCACUGGAGCUGAGGCGACGGCUUGGCGUCGUCAUCGUCACACUCUGCCUGCUGGUCGCCGCAUCCACAUGGCUCGCCAGGUCGCUCGUCCUACUCGUGUCCAUCAUCUACGAGAUCGGCGUGAGCGCUUCGCCGCGACUGCGGCUGGUGCAGGCCACCCGGCCAUGGCGGCUGUUCGGCACUUACACCGUGCUGCAGCUGAUCUUGCUCACCCUGAUGGAGACCAGAUUCACACUGCCCACGACCGUUGCUGUGGAGAGCAGCAAGAGCGGGCAGGGGGGAGGGUCUGGUGAGCAGCAGCUGGUGCUGAACGAGCAGCCGCCUGCCGCUGCUGCUGCUAAUCCUGCUGCUGGUGUCAAAGGGGUGGUGGUUGACGAAGAUGACGAUACCCUGGUCAUCGAGGAAGAGCCAGCAGCGGGGCCCGAGCAGAUCAGGUGACUGUCAGAGGGGGGGAUGGAUGGGAGGGAACAGACUAGACUGGUCUCUGAGGACACCUUUCGUCGUGUGUGUGGUGUGUGGUGUGUGUGUGUAUGUUGCAGCAUUGUGGUCCCAGUGCGCGAUGAGGAGCUGUACCUGACCAAGACCAUCGAGUACACCGUCAACGACACGCCGGCCCACAUGCUCAGGGAAAUACUCAUCGUCGACGACGCAUCAGACAAACCAGGCAGGCACACAUACAUACCAGGCAGGCACACAUACCACACUACACACGCGUCCCUGUCAUUUGUGUCUGUGUUUGUGUGUCAUCUAUCCCAUCCAUCCAUCAGUUGAGAAGAUGUUGGAGGAGGAGUUGGAUCGCAAGUACUGGCCCAAGGUGAAGAUCCUCCGCUACGACGAGAGGCAGGGACUCAUCAGGGCAAGAAUCGCUGGCGCCGACGCCGCAUCGGCACCAUACAUCGUACGACAGACACCACACAAAGGAAGGACGUCCCCAACACAUGACGUGACGGACAGAGACGCCCAUGGCCUCGGUGUGUGUGUCUGUGUGUCCGUGUGUGUGUUUGGGUGCAGUUGUUCCUCGACGGUCACUGCCGUCCCAUCCCCGGGUGGCUCCCACCACUCAUACGCAACCUCAAGGAAAACUACAAACGGUGCCAAGGGAUGUGGGAACACACAUUGGAACCCAUGGAUGAGCACACCUGCGAAUGUCUGUGUCUAUGUGUGUGUGUGUGUGUGUGUGGCUUGCUGUGUUGCAGGAUAGUUGUGCCGAUAGUGUCCGACGUGAACGGCACAACAUGGCAGGAGAUCCCGGCGAGGGGCGUCAAGAUGAUGUUUGAGUGGGACUUCAACUUCAAUUGGUACGACGACAACACUCCCGAGGUGCCCGUGGCCUCCGGCGGCAUUCUAGCCAUCACCAAACAAUGGUACACACACAUGGGCAGCAGGCGGGCCUUUUCUUGCUCGAUUCGAUCAUCGUGUCUCUGUGUGUGUGUGUGUGCGUGUGUCUGUCUGUCUGGUCAUCAGGUGGAUAGAGAGCGGCAAGUAUGACCCCGGGAUGCGCGAGUGGGGCGGGGAGAACAUCGAGCAGUCUAUACGAGUCUGGCUAUGCGGUACGCACAUUGUGGGGCAACACACAACACUUGACACAGCAGACACAAAGGAGGGCAGCUUUGUGUUAUUCUUCAACCAAUGCCACAUGCAGGUGGUGAGAUCAUUGUGGAGCGGAAUUCCAGGAUAGGACACAUCUUCAAACGACCACCCAAACCCAACAAAGUCAGUGUGCCCACCAAAAGAGCUGUUCGUCCCAGAAUGCGCUGAACGUCCCUCUCCUGGUGUGCGUCCGUGCCGUGCCGUCGUGUGCAGAUAACGAUACCCAAUCAAGUGCAGAGAAAUCACGUACGUGGCUGGCUGAGUCAUUGAUUACGAAGUGCACAUCCAUGUGUGCGUGUGUGUGGAGUGCAGGCGCGAGCGGCCAAGGUGUGGCUGGACGAUUACUACAAGUACUUUGUCGAAGCACAGCCCAUGGCAAAGACACUUGACCUCGGUAGGUACACAACACUGACAGACACACCCACACAAAUAGCCAUGGCUGGGUGUGGUGUGGUGUGGUGUUGUGUGUGCAGGUCCCGGUUUGGAGCAGCGGAUGGCUCUCCGGCCGGCACUCAAGUGCAAAGACUUCCAAUGGUAAGUAACCACUGACGCACUCGACGGACACUACCCCAUCUCCGUCUGCUACACGCUGUCCUGUCUGUGUGUGUGCAUUAAUUCAGGUAUGUGGAUAAGUUCCGGCAUGCCUUUGAACGAAAGGGGCUCCUUAUGGAAAGUGAGCAAGAUUGCUGCACAGACAGACAGACAUACAUAUCUCAUUCUCCCUCUGUGGUGACUGUGGUUAGACUUCCACCAUCUGCGCCACACGGCCUCCCGUCUGUGUCUGACGGCCGUCGAGGCCGACAAGGACAAACCAAAGGACGACUGGAGACACAAAGACCACCUCAUACUCGUCAGCCAACCACACACCCACCACACACACCCAGGCCUCCACCAUUCAUCCAGUCCCCCCUCUCCCCCUCCCUGUCUGUCUGUCUGUCGGUGUGUCAGGAGCCGUGCAAGCGCCCCGACGACCGCCAGCGAUGGUCGACUGUCGGUGGGAACCGCAUGCUAUUCAACAGGAAGGUCAAGAAGUGCCUCGACCGGUUCUCCAUCCCCUUCGGCAACGAGGAGGAGCGAAGGCCCAUUCUGUGGGAGUGCGACUGGCUCAACGUCCCGCUGGGCAAGAACCAGAACCAGCUGUGGCAGCACGACCAACACCCAGCCACCGACACCCCCAAACAUGACGGGGCGCACGAGCCGAGGACGGGCCAUGUGUUUGCCGUGCCGAAUGGCUUCAAUGGGAGAGCGUCCAGGCCAGGGGAAAUGGUGAGUGAGUCAGUGAGGGUGUGAGUUGGGGCCCGAGGGGGGAAGGGGGGAGGGAGGGAGCAAGAGCAUAUUGGCGAGUGCGUUGUCUGUCUCGUGUGCUUCGCAGGAGCUGGAUCCAGGAUUGGCGACGGACAGCGGAUCUCUGUGUCUGACUGCAAAGCUCCUGUACCACGAAGCAUUCCAAGACAAAAAGGUGGGUGGGUGCGAUGGGCCCUGGAAGCACAGCACCAGAGGAAAAGUGUGUGUGAUGUGGCGGUGUGUGCAGCUUCGUCGUCACGGCCACCUGCCGACGGAGCCCUACCUGGCGCCCUGCAGGCCGGUGACGGAUGACCCAUGGCAGGACACCCAGGGAUGGGAACCGUAAGCAAUGCAAUACACAUGGCCACACACACACUCGACGGACAUCACAUGCUGACUUCCCCGUUAUGUGUCCUUUUCCAUCAGUGUAUGGUGAGUGACAUCCAAUGGGGGGCGUGUAAAGGAGAGAGGGGGGCCUGCCAUGGCCUGGUUGUCUUCCUCUGUAAGUACGUGACUUUCGGUCACUCUUCAGUCAGUCAGUCAUCAGUGGGGGAAGGAGUGAGUGAGUGGAUCAGCUCAGCUCAGACCAUGUCGGGCCAGCCGGCCGGCGCAGCCAUCCAUCCCCCCAUUCGUCGCUGAGAUGGAUGGAGUGCGCCUUUUUCCGUUGUGUAUAGCUAAGUAGCCAGCCGGCUGCCAUGCCAGCAGCCCUGCCUAUCGACAACACAACACGCACAUACAGACACUUAUUGCGGACGCACUUAUGCAUUAUGUAUGUGCACCAUACCUUCAU